AUGAUUGAGAGCCAAAGGUCAAUCUCUCACAUUUGCUUCAUCGGUGCGGGCUACGUAGGUGGUCCUACCGCAGCCGUCCUGGCUAGAGAAUGUCCACACGUACAAGUGACGGUGGUCGAUCGCAAUGCGGAGCGCAUCAAGGCAUGGAAGUCCGACGUGCUUCCAGUUUCAGAGCCUUCGCUCCUAGAUGUUGUCAGAGGCCCGCGCGAUGGACUCAACGCUGAAAAGCGUCGGAAUUUGCACUUCACGACAGAUUUGGAAGGGAGCAUCCAAGCAGCUGACACCAUCAUGGUGGCUGUUGAUACGCCCACGAAAUCGAGAGGUACCGGUGCUGGCUAUUCGCUUGACAUCGGAAGGCUUGAGGAGGUUGCCAUGUCCAUUGCUCAAUACGCCACGUCUGAUAAGAUUGUGGUUGAGAAGAGCACCGUUCCUGUAGGGACAGGUCAUACCAUCAGCAACAUCUUGAUGGACAACUCACGUGUGGGUGUCAACUUCGAAGUCCUGUCAAACCCGGAGUUCCUCGCUGAGGGAACCGCAAUCUGUGACUUGCUCUCGCCCGACCGAGUGCUCAUAGGCUCAUCGGACACCAAGUCUGGCCUGUCUGCCGCUCAAGCCUUGGCCGAUGUCUACGCGACAUGGGUUCCGCGUUCGCGCAUCAUCACCAUCAAUCUCUUCUCCUCUGAGCUCUCAAAGCUAGCCGCCAACGCGAUGCUGGCGCAGAGAGUCAGUAGCGCGAACGCGCUCAGUCUCGUGUGCGAGGCCACCGGCGCCAACAUCGAUCAAGUAAUGCACGCAGUGGGGAGUGACAGCCGGAUCGGCCCCCAUAUGCUACGCUCUUCAUUCGGCUUCGGCGGAUCGUGCUUCAAGAAAGACAUACUGUCUCUCGUGUACCUCUGCAAGUCCCUUCAUCUGGACGACGUAGCCUCUUACUGGCAGAGCAUAUCCGAUAUAAACGAGACCCAGAAAUCAAGAGCAGUUUCUCGCAUCGUGUCACGCUUCAAUAACAGCAUGGGUGGCAAGAAAGUCGCAGUCCUUGGAUUUGCUUUCAAGGAGGGCACCGGGGACACCCGCGAGAGCUGCUCCAUCGAUCUGGUCAAGGGUCUCCUUCAUGAGGGUGCACUUGUGAACAUUUAUGACCCUUACGUGGAUAAGAGCCAGAUCCUAAAGGACCUUGGCUUUGGAGAAGAGAGCUCUGGUGGCUCUGUGAAGAUAUGCCAAUCUGGAGAAGAAGCCUGCGAGCACACUGUUGCUGUUCUGGUAGCAACAAAUUGGGACAUGUUUCGCGUCAAUCCUAAGGCUCUCAUGAAUGGCGUCAAAUCUUCUUACGACGACACAAACGGAGAGAAAGAAGCCAGUAGUGAGGCUAGAGGAGUUCCGUAUGGCAAUGGCAGUACGAGCUGUAGCGCCACUGGCCCAUUAUACGCCAGCAACGGCAUAGAUUCUACAACCGAGAUCAUGACCGACAACUGCGUUUCCAUAAACUCCUUGGAAAAUAGCAGUGAGUCGAAUGGGAGCUCCAUGGAAACUCUCGAGGACAACCCUACCCCUAUUUCAACCCCUGAACUGGACCCCGUUCGCUACAAUGAGCCUUCCACUGGGCCUAGGCUCAAUGGUAUCAACGAUGGAGAUAUUCCUCCAGUAUCUUUGGACUGGGCCCACGUUGCAAAGGCCAUGAAGUACCCACGCAUUGUGUUUGGCAGUAGUAGAUGCUUGGAUAGAGACGUCCUUGUAAGCAUGGGCUUCGACGUUGAGCUGAUUGGCAGAAACAAGCGAAAGCGCAAUUGA